UAUAGUAUCCUUGAAGGUGUAUUUUUAUUUGAUAUUGGGUAACCGAUAUUUACUUUUGAUAAGAAAUCUUUCCUAAGUGCCAAGGAGAAUGGUAGGUUCCACAAUUUUUGAAAUACUUAAUGCAUUAUUUAUCUUGAAUUUUUGAGGUUCAUGGUUUUGUUUGUAGCUCAAUAAUAUCUUAUUAGUUUAUCAGCAAUGCAUUGUUAACUUUACCUAUCAUUUUUUUUUGUGGGUCUCUUAUUUCACUAUCACUUAGCUCUCUCAUUUGUGGCAUGCUUUUUGUGCUCUCUCCUGUUGAUUAAUUUGCUAGAACAUUAGCACACUUUCAUGGUAAUCCUCUUUGCAUACGUCGGCUGUUGGUAUAAUAGGUAGAGUGGGCUUAUUAUCUGCAUCACAUAUUCUAAUAGAGUUAAUUUUUGAGCAAAAGUUUCAAAAUCAUCUGUACAUACACUAUUCAUACAACAUUUAUAACGAGAUAACUCGUUCUUAGUUGCAAUGACUGAUAGUUCUUACUGUAGACUAGAGAAAGGCAGCAGCUAUGCUUUAGAUCAAUAGCUCAUAUGCACCAUCUGUGCUAGGUACUUUUUUUUUUUUUACUUUCUAAUUGCUUUUAGUGUACUAUCAUAGUUGGACAACUGUUGAUAAUGUUAAUGAUCCCUCAAUCACUUAUUCUUUAAUCCUAAUUUAUGUUCAGCCAUUUGCUCAUGCAAGUUUGAGCGGCAAUUGAAAAGAAACAGAUAAUUUCAGCUGCAACCUUAUGUUGAACAAUCUUUACCUCUAGGUCUGUCAGAACUUUUGUUUCUUUAGGUUUAAGAAAAUCAAACUGAAUUUACAAAACUGCAUAAAAGGUGGUGGGGGCUGAAAAUUAGAUCUGUUGAAACAAUCAUGACUAAAUGAGCAUUCUUUGUGCAAGGUUGACUAUCAACAACAGAUUGCAUUUUUUGAAACUUGACAGAGUAUCAUAAGGUCUGUAGUUUGAGCCGCAACUGAAAAGAACAGAUAAGUUUUAGCUGCAACCUUAUGUUGAACUAUAUUUACUUUUAGGUCUAUCAGUUCAUUUAGGUUUAAGAAAACUGAAUAAAACUUAUAGAAUUGACUAAAAUUGGCCAGGACUGAUUAAGAUCAAGAUUAUAAGUGUCCAUCAGCACAGGCCGUGCCCACCGUGUUGUACCGUGCGGACAAGAUAUCGGCACGAUACAAUCUCCUUGCCAAUGCUACUGUUCGACAUCCUCUUUUCUUCAAAAUUAGCUUCCGUAGGUGAUCUUUACAGUAUGGUUUGUGCACUUUGUGGGGUAGAUAAGUCAAAGGCUGCUCUUUGGGAUUACUUUUUCAAGACUAAGAAUAAGUUACUGACUAACUUAGACCAGUCCCUGGAGGAAGCUCAGUUGCAGAUGGACCAGGAGAUUCUUUUGGAGGUACAAGAUGACAGCCCGUGGUCCUAUAAUUUGGGCACGAGUUCAAGUGGAAAUGAGUUGGCUUUGGUUCCGCUACAACCUUCAACUUCAUCUAUAAGUAUUGCUGGUGGUCCCACUGUAUCAAAUGGUUAUUCAACUGGAUUUGGUUCCCAUGCACUGCAGGGUAGUAGUUUUGGGCUAUCAACGAGGGAUGUAGAGGAUGGUGAUGCCAUUUUAAGCAAUGGAGCAAAAGUAGAUGGCCAGGGACUAACAGGUUUGCAUAACCUGGGUAACACUUGUUUCAUGAACAGCGCCAUACAAUGUUUGGCGCACACACCUCCUUUGGUAGAGUAUUUCUUGCAAGAUUACAGCGAGGAAAUAAACACGGAAAAUCCUUUGGGGAUGCAAGGUGAACUUGCAAUAGCAUUCGGAGAACUAUUAAGGAAAUUAUGGUCCUCAGGACGUACAUCUGUUGCACCACGUGCAUUUAAGGCAAAACUAGCUCGGUUUGCUCCCCAGUUCAGUGGGUAUAAUCAACAUGAUUCUCAGGAACUUCUUGCAUUUUUGUUGGAUGGUCUUCAUGAAGAUUUAAAUCGUGUGAAAAAGAAGCCAUAUAUUGAGGCAAAAGAUGCUGAUGGUCGUUCAGAUGAGGAAUUUGCUGAUGAAUGUUGGAAGAAUCACAAGGCUCGAAAUGACUCCAUAAUUGUAGAUAUAUGCCAGGGUCAAUACAAGUCUACUCUAGUCUGUCCAGUUUGCAGCAAAGUUUCUGUGACAUUUGACCCCUUCAUGUACUUGUCAUUGCCACUGCCUUCAACAAUUAAUCGAUCCAUGACUGUAACUGUAUUCAGCGGUACUGGGGAUGCUCUCCCAAUGCCUUACACUGUGACAGUGCCGAAGAACGGCCUUUGCAAAGAUCUAAUGAAAACUCUGAGUAGUGCCUGUUGUUUGAAGAAUACUGAAGCAUUGUUAAUUGCAGAGGUUUACGAUCAUCGCAUAUUCCGUUACAUGGAGAAUCCUUUUGAGUCGCUUUCUACUAUAAAGGAUGAGGAGCAAAUUGUGGGUUAUAGGCUUCCAAUAGGCCAUGAGAAACUUCUCAGACUGGAGAUAAUGCACAGGAGAGCUGACAGAUUCAUGUCAGAGCCCCAAUACAAUGUUCACCGCAAGCUUAUUGGAACUCCAUUAGUGACAUGUAUACCCAAGGAGACCCGAACUAGAGCUGAAAUAUAUGCAGCAGUCGCUCGUGUGCUCGCACCUCUGUUGCGUGCGAAAGCAUUUCCUACCCAUCAACCAACAUCAAGCAAGGAAAAUGGCUUCGGACCGAGCCUCGACUCCAUAGUGCUAACCGAUAAUGGUGGUAGCCCAGCUUCAUCAAACGGGAAAGAGAUGCUGACAGUAAAUAUGGAAAUAGAAGAUAAUAAUGCUGAUGCUGAUCGGGAGGAGCUUCCACCAUUCCAGCUUUGGUUAACUGAUGAGAAGGGUGUGACUAGAACCAUGAUCGAUACCGAUGAUUCCAUUCAUUUACUAGGAUCUUGCGUGAGGUUACUGAUGGACUGGUCCGACCGUGAACUCGAAACAUACAAUCUCAGCUACCUCGAAGAUCUCCCAGAAGUCUUCAAGUCUGGAUUCAUGUUAAAGAAAACGAGGCAGGAGGCAGUCACUCUAUUCUCUUGCUUGGAGACUUUUCUUAAGGAGGAACCUCUGGGUCCCGAUGAUAUGUGGUAUUGUCCUAGCUGCAAGGAACACAGACAGGCGACUAAGAAACUGGACUUGUGGAGGCUGCCGGAGAUCUUGGUGUUCCACUUGAAACGGUUUUCAUACAGCCGAUUCCUGAAGAACAAGCUUGAUACCUUUGUGAACUUCCCCAUUCACAAUCUCGACCUCAGCAAGUAUGUUAAGCACGGCACAUCUAUGCUGCAGUCUCAUGUGUAUGAGCUCUAUGCGGUGAGCAACCACUAUGGUGGGCUAGGAGGUGGUCACUACUCUUCCUAUGCGAAGUUAAUAGAAGAAGACAGCUGGUACCAUUUUGACGACAGUCAUGUCUCCUCUGUGAGCGAGGAAGAGAUAAAGACGUCUGCAGCUUACGUUCUCUUCUAUCAGCGGGUAAAAGGUGAUUCCAGUCAACCAGGCAUGAAAGGAACAUCAUCGUGCACAGAUUUACCAAGUUCUUAGGUGCAAGAUUCGGACGAAGAUGUAAUACACGAAGGUUCGCAUUGUUAUCAUUCCAUGGGAGGGAUGGUUCUCAUUAUCGUCGUCCUAUGAGCCUUUUUCUACUUUGACGUUGAUUGUUGUGGGAGCCUCAUACUGAUGGUUGGCUGUAGGAAUUUUGGCCAAGAGGAUGGAUUU